AUGGAGGGUAAUAAGCAAAAACAUCAAAUGAUGUUCUUGUUAGUGGUCGCUAUUACUGCUCUCACGACUCAAGCUAACAUUGGGCAUUUCGAUGAGGUGUGGCAGGAGCGAGCCGCCGCGGCGCAGAAGGCCGCUCGCAACGCCUAUAACCCUAAUCCCCACAACGUCACAAAUCAUUUAAACGAGAAUGUACACAUGGUGGUGAAUAGCACGAGGAGGGGCUUAAAUCACAAACCCAAGUACAAAGGUCCAUGCAUGGCCACAAACCCCAUUGAUAAAUGCUGGAGAUGCAACAAAAACUGGGCCAAGAACCGGAUGAAGUUGGCGGACUGCUCUCUGGGCUUCGGCCGCAACGCCCAAGGAGGUAAAGGAGGCAAGAUUUACGUCGUCACCGAUCCUUCUGACAGAGAUCUCCUCAAACCUAAGCCCGGAACCCUCCGCCACGCCGUCAUCCAGCCCGGCCCCCUCUGGAUCAUCUUCGGCCACUCCAUGGUGAUUAGGUUGUCGCAGGAACUGAUCUUGACCAGUAGAAAGACCAUCGACGGCCGCGGCCAGGAAGUCCACAUCACCAACGGCGCCGGCCUCACUCUCCAGUUCAUCAACCACGUCAUCAUCCAUAGCCUUCACAUUCGCGACAUUAAGCCCGGUAAGGGCGGCAUGAUCAGAGACUCUGUCAAGCACUACGGGCUCCGAACUAAGAGCGACGGCGAUGGGAUUUCCAUCUUCGGGGCUACCAACAUUUGGAUCGAUCAUGUUUCCAUGUCUAAUUGUGUGGAUGGGAUUAUCGAUGCCGUUAUGGCUUCUACGGCUAUCACCAUAUCCAAUUGCCAUUUCACUAGGCAUAAUGAGGUUUUGUUGUUUGGGGCAAGUGGGAUCAAUAAACAGGACAAAGUGAUGCAGAUUACGCUUGCGUUUAAUCACUUUGGGCAUGGAUUGGUGCAGAGAAUGCCGAGAGUGAGAUAUGGCUUCGUCCACGCCGUCAACAAUGAUUAUACACACUGGCUUAUGUAUGCCAUUGGUGGCAGCCACAAACCAACUAUCCUCAGCCAAGGCAACCGCUUCAUUGCUCCUCCCAACGGUUACGCCAAAGAGGUGACAAAAAGGGAGUAUGCACAAGAGAGUGAGUGGAAAAACUGGGCGUGGAAAUCAGACCAUGACCUGAUGAUGAAUGGUGCAUUUUUCCGUCAAUCUGGAAAUCCCAAGCAUGUAUUUCCCCACGAUAAUUCCAUCAAGCCUAUGCCGGGAACAUUUGUGGGCAAGAUGACACGAUUUGCUGGCCAUUUACAUUGCAUCGUGGGGAAACCUUGUUGAACAAUGCCCAUCCAGACAUAUAUAGGUGUGUAGGUUUUGCUCCAUCGCA